GGAGCCUAGGCGCGUGGACUGUAGACCCGGACCCGCGCGGCGCUGCGGCGCCAGGGCGCCCAGACGACGGCGAAAUGACAGCCGGGAGCCCCGGAGACUGCGGGGAGGUGCGGAGGAGCCCAGAGGGCCGCGUCUCUCGCCUGGGCCGCCGCCUGGGCCGCCGCCGGCGCCCGCGCUCCCCGCCCGAGCCUCUGCGGGUGCGGGCGCGGCUGCGGCUGCGCUCGCCGUCGGGGGCGUUCGCGGCGCUGGGGGCCCUCGUGGUACUGGUGGGUAUGGGCAUCGCAGUGGCCGGCUACUGGCCGCACCGGGCCGCAGCCCCGGGGUCCCGGGCCGCCAAUGCUAGCUCGCCCCCGCUGAGCGAGAUGCGACGCGAGGGUCGCGGCGGGGGCCGGGCUCACGGCCCGCACGAGCGGCUGCGGCUCCUCGGGCCAGUGAUCAUGGGCGUCGGUCUGUUCGUGUUCAUCUGUGCCAACACGCUGCUCUAUGAGAACCGAGACUUGGAGACGAGACUGCUUCGCCAGGGGGUGCUGAGGGCCCAGGCGCUUCGGCCCCUCGACGGCCCCGGCUGGGACUGCGCUCUCCUUCCCAGCCCCGGCCCUAGGACUCCCCGAGCCGUAGGCUGCGCAGAGCCAGAAAUCUGGGACCCGUCCCCGCGUCGGGGUGCCUCACCUGUCCCUUCAGUGCGGAGUCUGCGUUCAGAGCCUGCUAAUCCUCGCUUGGGGUUACCUGCCCUUCUCAACAGCUACCCACUGAAGGGCCCCGGGCUGUCCCCACCCUGGGGUCCACGGACGCAGACUGGCCAUGUGAUCAUCACCGUGCAGCCCUCUGGCUCCUGCAUUGAACAUUCCAAGUCUCUGGAUCUGGGCCUUGGGGAGCUCCUCCUUGGGGCCCCAGCAGCUCGGGACUGUGCUCACCGAAGCUGGCCACGGCUGGACCGCCUCAGUCUUGGGGGUUAUGCCAAAUUGGGAGGAGGAGGUGGAGGAGGAGGAAGGGAUUUGGGGGCCCGGGUCUGAAGAGAGGGGAGACAGCCUGCUCUGAGGCUGCAGCAUUGACCAUGCUAAUAGGACCAGAGGACGGGGAGUCCCAACGUCUAGAUGUUUCAUUCACAUCCCAGGCUGGGGAUGGCAUCCCAACCUGCAUGUGGGCAGAGAAAUGCCAGCUGCACUAGGGCUCAGUGAGCUGGAGAGGGUGCAUUUCACUGUGGAGUGUGGAGGAUUCGCCUCAGGAAUUUGUCAGCCUCUGUAAGUGGCCUUAGACCUGAGGGCACUGGCGUUCCAGGCCAAGGUGACAGGGAGAUAUACCUGGUGUCUUGGCAAACCCAAGAAAAGGGAUGGGCAAGGGCCCCUAAGACUGGGAGGCAGGUUGGGAUGUUACAGGCCGGACCAGGCUCCUUCCAAGGCAGCACUGCUGAUGGAGUUGGGACCUCUGGGAAGAUGGGCCAUGGUGGUGAGGCUUUCCACUGCCACCUGGGAUGGGGACUGAGCCUUGAACUCUCACCACCCCAAUCUUUUUCUUCCCUCAGCCAUGUGGGGUAUAUCCCUCUAGAGCUACACUACUGCCAAUGCCUUCAUAUUGAGGUCUGGCCCCUCUGCAAACAAGCCUGAGAAGCCCCUUCUCUCCUUUACCGUGGCCUAUGCUGCAAAAUCUCCCUCCAGUUGGCAAAAGGCAUUGGUCAGUUCUCAGAAAUGCCUUUACCCAACAUUGAAACUGCACUUUGGCCAAUGUGGGUAACUUACUUUAGAAAAUGGCUUGGGUUUAGGUCUCUCCCACCCAUAUUUAAUUUUUCCCAAGUUGCUGGUAGAAGAGAAAUUUAAAAGUGGAUCAAUCCUCAAAGAGACUUUUUGUUGUUCUUUUUGUUGUUGUUUAUUGAAAAAAAAAAUGCAAUACAAGAAGCAAGACCAAACAUUUCUAAACACUACAACCACUUCUCCUAAAAAAGGCCGAAACAGCAGACUUGAUUAUUGCGUGUUUAGUCUAAGGAUUCUGCCAAUCUGAUUCUGCUGCCAGAGUUCCUAUUUUUUUCAAGAAAUGUAAACAACUACUUGAUAUGAUUCAUAAUUUUAAAAAAAUUUACAAAGCUCCUUCAUUUUGUCACCAAAAUAAUAAUUUGAGAGAGAUUUGUAAAAACAACCAGCCUGGGGCUGAGAUCCUGGGCAGAAAUUUCCUGUGCACAUCAAGGGGCUUCAGUCAGGCCAUAGCUCUGGCUCUACUUCCGGAGGUCUGUUGUCUCCUUACCCCCAGCUGCCAAACAUCCCCCCAAUGCCCAGUGAUGGGCCUGGGGGGGGGGCACAUGUCGCAGUGCCCUGACAGUUCCUGCAGUUAGGCUCCCUGAGCCCUCAGCUUAUAAAUACAGGUCUUGCUUUGUGGGUGGGUGCCAGAGUCCUCAUGUAGCUUGGAGGAAAUCUUUAUUUCUCAAGUGAAAAUAAAACUGCAGUGAGCAUUGUUA